UCAAGUAACUCCAGAGAGAGAGAGAGAGAGAGAGAGAGAUGACGAGAGAGAUGGACUGGAAGCCAAGUUAUCUGGAUCUAAUAUUGGUACCAUUAGGGUUUCUCAUAAGCAUUUCUUAUCAUGUCUGGCUGUGGCAUAAGGUUCAGACAGACCCCUUAAGUACCACCAUCGGAAGAAAUGCACACGGCAGACGCUUCUGGGUCGACGCCAUGAUGAAGGACAUUGAGAGAAAGAAUAUCCUGGCAGUCCAAACCCUCCGGAACUUGAUCAUGGGAUCAACCCUAAUGGCGACAACCUCGAUCCUUGUCAGCGCAGGCCUAGGAGCAGUCAUAAGCAGCACAUACAGCGUGAAGAAGCCCCUAAACGACGCCGUUUAUGGGGCUCAUGGGGAAUUCAUGGUGGCCUUAAAAUACGUGUCACUCCUUACACUUCUCCUCUUCUCUUUCUUUUGCCACACUCUUUCCAUUAGGUUUUUGAACCAGGUUUGUCUCCUCAUCUCCAUCCCACAGGACCCCCCCGUGGGGAUAGUCACAGCAGAAUAUUUGACAGAUCUUUUAGAGAAGGGCUGCCUUUUGAACACUGUGGGCAACCGGCUCUUCUACUUAGCCAUCCCCCUUCUGCUUUGGAUAUUUGGGCCGGUGCUGGUUUUCCUCUGCUUUGCUGCAAUGGUGCCGGUGCUUUACAACCUCGACUUUAUGUGUCAGAAAAUUGGCAAGGGAAGGGGGGAGGAGAAUGGAAAUAGGGAUUUUGUUUGAGGGUAUAAAGACAAAUUGUAAUAAAAAUUAAUUAAGUUGUAAACUAUUAAUAUUACAUCAAAUAUAGAUUAUGUGUGUAUGCC